AUGGCCACACACGCACAAUAUGACCCGGCUCUCGGACCACCAGUCCAUCCCGGAACCUGCACCGAUGCCGUCUGGAACGAGUACCAACAAGCAUUGGGACUCUAUGCACAAUACCAGGGAGCAAUCCCCAAGCAGCCAGUGGCACGGGAAAAGAAGAUGGGAAAAAUCAAGGAGUUUAGAGGAGACAAACGAGAAUAUGCAUCAUUCCUCCGAAACGUGGAACGAUACCUACAGGCAAACACGGGAGUCUACAAUGAUGACUUCAGCAAAAUUGCCUUCGUCCUCUCUCAAAUCGACUCCUCAUCCACAGCAGGAAAGUGGGCCGAGUCAUGGGAAGCCAACCAAAUGGCGAAACACAGCAAUCUUGGGACGUACCAGGAUUUCAAAAUGACGCUUACCGAAAAAUAUGGAGGUGUCGUGACCAAGGACCAAGCCUGGCAAGUACUUCUCGAAGGAAAGUACAAGCAGGACAAACAAACCGUCGACGAGUAUAUCGGAAAUCUCGAUAUCCUCUACCGAUAUGCCGAAAUCGACGACGAAUACGCCAAGCUCAUCCACUUCAACAGCAUGCAAGGCCGCAAGAAAGGCUCUUCAGGAAGCGGAAGAAGGACGGAGAAGGACCCUGAUGCAAUGGACGUUGACCGGAUCUCCCCAGAAACCCAUCAGAAACGUUCUGUGGGUGGACUCUGCUACAACUGCGGAAAAUCAGGACAUGUCGCCGCACAAUGCACAAGUCCAGAAUAUGAUCCGGCACCAGAUCGCUCAGGAAAGACAACUUCAUAUGCCAAGACCAAGACGUCCAAUUCCAGGACGAAGAAAUACUCCGGAUCUGGCAGACGAAGAAAGACUUCCAAGCCGACUAAAUCUUACUCCAAGGGAACGGAGAAGAAACGACGACGAGUAAAGAGGGUCGAGGAAAGCGACUCUGAGGAUAACUCGGAAGAGUCGGAACAGGAAGAAUUAGAAUCCUCAUCAUCGGAAGAAUCAGAAUCUAAAUCAUCAGAAUCUGAAGAAGUAUCCGAACAAGAAACGGUUGUUCACAGGGAUGAAUCCAGUGACUCAGAAGAAGAGUAUGUGGUCCAUAGAUUCAUCCCCAAAGAAGAACUCGCCAGGAUACGACGGGAAGAUGCACUCAAAAUGCGAGGAGACCAUAUUAAGAAACGCAAUAUGACGAUGCCCCAUCUCGAUGAUCUUCUGGAAUUCGGAGACAAUCCAGAUAGAUACGAAUACGCACGCCGAUAUCCACCACCCAUGGAAAAAGACGAUCCAGAGGGUUUUGGAAUUGGGUGCGCGUCGGGAUCUCGUGGCACCCAGAUAAAGAAACGGUCCCCGAGGAAGUAA